AUGCACAUACUCAAGGCCCAAGACUCAAUUCCAGGAACCCAAGGAGAACAGACUUCCGACUAUGAGGAAGUUGUUGGUCCCGAUUUCUGUGCUAUGGUGCCCCGACCCCAUCCCUCGAUUCCGUCGACCCAAGAGUACUUUUCUGAGAACGAAGAACCUAUUGGGCCCGACUUCUGUGCAAUGAUGCCUUUGCCAAAGGGCGACGUUUCCCUCGCCGAUAGUGGUCUCAAUUAUGUUCCCGAGCAUGAUGAAGUUGAGGGCGCGGCAACACAGGUGGCACAGCUGUCACCAUCUACACCAUCAGCACGAGCUACAUCAUCAACAUACGCCGACGCUGAAGCACAGACUACAGAUAUCCCAAAACUCCGAACGGCGCAGCUGCCACCAUUUGCCCCAGCGGAAGCUGCACCAGAGGUACUGGCUGCACAAGUGGGUCUAGCGUUUCCAACACUAGCACUAGAGUCUCAAGAAGACUUAGAGCAGGAGGCUAUCAUUGAGGAUAGAGUUGAAACACCCGCUGCAUACGGAGCAGCGAUGACAACGGUGGUGGGGCUUGAACAAACUGGAAUUGUGGCAGAAGUUUCAGCCGAUGCAAAAGACACGGAGGCUUGCAAGCCUCCCACGAAGAAGAAGGCUCGUAAGGCGCGCAUCGCUGGCAGGGCCCCAAUACGUGCACCGCUUCCACGAGCCGCAAAGACGCUUGCGCUACCGCAAGGGGGACCCGUCCCGGGAGGACUUUGCCGAAGCGAGGCUGAGCUUCAUGAAUGA